AUGGUUGACAAAGAUCAUAAGCGAUUUAUGAAAGGUAAUCGUAGUAUCAAUGAUGUUCAUCAAAAGUUUGUUGAAGAUUGCACCAAAGCUAACAUCGGUCCUACUUCAACUUUCAAUUUAUUAAAGGAGUUUUUUGGUGGUUAUGAUGUUGUUGGGUGUACGUUGAAUGAUGUUAGGAAUUGUUCUCGUGAUAUUAAAGAGAAACUGAAAGAAGUGGAUGUUCAAAUGAUCCUAAAUCAGAUGCAAGAGAAGAAGAGAAUUUGUGAAGGCUUUUUUUACAAAUAUCAAUUAUCACCUGAUGAUAAUAAGUUAGUGAGCUUAUUCUGGUCUGAUGCUGAGUCUCGGAAACAUUACCAUAUGUUUGGAGAUGUUGUAGCAUUUGAUACAACAUAUUCGACAAAUAGGUAUCGUAUGGUGUUUGGUCCAUUUACCGGGAAAGACAAUCACGGGUGUCCUAUUGCGUUUGGAGCUGGUUUCGUAUCCGGUGAGAAUUGUGAUGCAUUUUCAUGGAUUUUCACUGUAUUUGUUGAAUGCAUGGGUGUUGCUCCAAGAAUCAUAAUCACUGACCAAGAUUGGGGAAUGAGGCUUGCCAUUGAGAAGGUAUCAUCUGGUACAAGACAUCGUUUGUGCAUGUGGCAUAUUAUGAGCAAGUUGUUUGAGAAGAUACCUAAAUCUAUUUCUGAUAGAGAAAAGUUUAGUAAGGAGUUUAAGGCUUAUGUUUGGUCAGAGUUGUUAGAUCCAGAUGAGUUUGACAUAUUGUGGACUAGUAUUGUUAAAAAAUAUGGUGUAGAAGAUCAUAAAUGGUUUAAGGACAUGUUUGCUAUUAGACAUUUGUGGAUCCCAGCCUACUUUAGAUAUGUUCCUAUGGGUUCUUUAAUGAGAACAACAUCUUUUUCAGAAUCUGAAAACAGUUUUGUUAAGAGUAUAAUAAUGCCAUUGAUGCUCAAAGGAAUCAAACUGUUUGACUAUUAUGAUUCUGUAAUCACUCAAAAAUAUGUCACUGAUUUAGCAUUUGAAAAGCAAUUGGCAUCUGUAUACACAGAUAGGAUGUUUAGAGUGGUACAAGAACUGAUUUCUGAGGCUGAUAAGAGUUGUCGGAUGAUUAGCAUGUCCACAUUGGAGAAAAUCGAGGUCUUCAAAGUUUCUGAUGCUAGAAAGAAGACCUUCUCAGUUACAUAUGAUAUAGAGACUGAGUCAUAUGAUUGUGAGUGUAAAUUAUUUGAAAGGUGUGGUUAUCUAUGCAUCCACCUUUUCUUUGUCUUCAGAAAGAAAGAUGUCAAUAAUAUUCUAGAGAAGUAUGUUGGUAACCGGUGGUUGAAAAGUGAAUUAUUGAAGGCAGUUCAUGGUCUCACGAGUGAUGAAAGUGCACCUGACAAAGAUUUACUGUUCAUAUAA